CGUAAACGUGUCUCUGCCAUGAAGAUGGUGGACAAGGUCCUUUUUAAGGAGUUAACAAGAGGAGCGUGAGAAGUAGGGAAACUUCACCAAGCGGUAAAGAUAAAGAGGGCGGAAGUGAGAAUGAUAGGAGAGAGGGUAUCAAGAUGCUUAAAGGCAAGUAACCAGGUAGAGAAGGGAGUGUUGAACAGUAGAGGGAUUCAUUGAUGCGAAUUCCUCUUUUUACGUUCCCACGGGGCUCAGGAUGGGGAAUGUAAAUUCUGACAACAGGCGCGGCCACGCCCCCUUUAUCCGCUCUUUUGAAGAGGCCACCACACAGCCUCAGCCAAAGCAGGGGCCUCACAGCCCACAUGCUGAUUGGGUUUUCUUCUGGCAAGCGCCGGAAGCGGAAGUCGUGCGCCGGACCGUUGCUAGAGCGCUUGCGUGGCCGGGAAUCGCCGUCAGUCACGGUCUUCGUAGUAACUGCCCUUGUGAAAGCGCAGCUUAUGGCUCCAGUGUCCCGGUCGCGCUACCCCGAGGACACCCCAGGCUCUAGGAGACGGCGACGCAGCUCGUCGGGGAGCCUGCCUUCCGCGCAGGCCAGACCAUCCCCGUGGGGCAGCCGUUCCCACUCCCACUCGCACUCCCGCGGCCGCGAGGGCCUCAGGCCUCAGUGGGGUGGGUCGGGCUUCGGCUCUCCUUGUACCUUUAGCCGCUCUGGAUCUCGAGAGUGGCCCACCGGGCUCCGCAACUACGCUUUCUCGUCCUCUUCUGUCUACUAUGGCGGAUACCGCUACCAUCACCACCACUAUGCGGGCGACAGGCAGUGGGCGGAAGACUAUGAGAAGGAGAAGGAGGAGAGCUAUUGCCAGGGGAGGCUGAAGAGAGAAAGGACUGGGGAGUUGGGAGCACCUGAGGUGUGGGGGCUGUCUCCAGAGUUUCCUGAGCCAGAUUCUGGUGAACACACCCUGGUUGAGGAUGAAGAGGUAAAGACUAAGAAGAGCAGCAGUUCACAAUCCAGCUCCAAAGAAAAAAGGAAAAAGAAGGCCAGUCAUUCAAAAAAUAAGAAAAGAAAGAAAAAGUCCAAAGGAAAACACAGGAAAUAUUCUGAUAAUAGUGACAGUAAUUCAAACUACAACACUAGCUCUGAUGAUGAUGAAAAGAGAGCAACAAAAGCCAAGAAGAAAGAGAAGAAAAAGAAACACAGAGCUAAAAAGCCCAAGAAAAAGACGAAGAAGACUAAAAAAGAAUCCAGUGACAAAAGCUGUAAGGAUUCAGAAGGGGAGUUGCCAGAAGAUAUCUGGAUUGAGCCGUCAAAGAUUGCAGAUAACAUGGCUCUAAUAGGUCCAGAGGCACCUAUAAUACACACCUUUCAAGAUGAGAAACCUUUGAACUACAGCCAUGCUCUGCUUCCAGGUGAAGGUGCAGCUAUGGCUGAGUAUGUAAAAGCUGGAAAGCGUAUCCCACGAAGAGGUGAAAUUGGGCUGAGAAGUGAAGAGAUUGCUUCUUUUGAAUGUUUAGGUUAUGUUAUGAGUGGUAGCAGGCAUCGCAGAAUGGAAGCUGUGCAACUGCGUAAAGAGAACCAGAUCUAUAGUGCUGAUGAGAAGAGAGCCCUUGCAUCCUUUAACCAAGAAGAGAGACGGAAGAGAGAUAAGAUUCUAGUUAGUUUCAGAGAGAUGGUGUACUGAAAGACAAAAGGGAAAGAUGACAAAUAA